AUGUCGGACGACUGUUUCAAAUGUGGACGUCCCGGUCAUUAUGCUCGCGACUGCCAAGCUGCCCCAAGAGGUGGUGGUAGAGGUGGAGGCGGGGGUUAUCGCGGUGGACGAGGCGGCGGUGGUGGAAGAGAUCGUGACAAUAACGAUGGUCGUCGAGACGGCUGUUUCAACUGCGGUGGGCUUGAUCAUUAUGCUCGAGAUUGUACCAGUGGUCGUGGACACUAUGGUGGUGGUGGAGGAGGAGGUGGUGGUUAUGGGGGAUACGGUGGUCGCGACAAAUGUUUCAACUGUGGUGGGACGGGACACUUUGCACGAGAUUGUACAAAUGAUGGACAGCGAGGUGAUAGUGGCUAUAAUGGUGGAGGCGGUGGUGGUGGUGGUGGGCGUUGUUACAGUUGUGAGGCUUUUGAUUUUUUGUCUGGACUUAUCGGAUGUAAGAUUUGGGAAUUGUAUGGUGGACGUAUGAAAGAAAAACCAGUUUACGAGCAUGCACGUUUGUAG